GAGGUUAGGGGCGGGAGAUAAACUCUGGACAGGUCAGCAGUUCAGCUUGCCCAGGACAAGAGAAAGGUGGCUUGGGUGCCCCUGUCCCGGCAGGCGUCAUCUCGCCUACUAGCCCUCGGGCCGGCCCUGCGUCGCCCCCAGCUCCUCACGGGUUAACACCCCUCGCCGCCCGCUCGCUUCCCAGUGCCAAAGUGGGUGUUGCUGGAAUUCCUCUCUCCCUCUCCCGUAAUGAGGGGGUUGAGCUGUCCCUCCGAGGAGGGGGCACGGUGUGGAUAAAAGAGACGAAAAAUCAGGGGGAGGUUUCCAAAAAUAAAACCCUACGGUUCCCAUUCAGAAGGCUACAGUGACGGGGAGAAGGCGCGGCGGUGCGACAGCGGUGCCCACCAAGCUAGAGACGGAGCGCGGCCGCCGGGCUCAUUGCGCGCAGCCCCGGGCCGCUCCCGCAGCCUGGCCCUCGCUCCACGGAGAGCCUGGCCCGCAGUCUGAUUCGGGGCCCCCUAGACGGGGAGAGGCGGGCCACCGGGAGGGGACCGGAGCGCAGCCAGAGGGCGGCCGGGCGCACAGACUGAGAGCCCCGGGGCAGUUACCCGCGCGCGGCGCUUUCCGGGCGCCCCGGCGCCAUGAGGCCCCCAACCAUCACCCGCUGCCCCGGGCGCGUCCUUCGGAACCCAUGGAGGAGCUUCUUGCCUCUCACCCUGGCUCUCUUCGUGGGCAUGGGUCAUGCUCAGAGGGACCUGUUGGGCAGAUACGAGCCGGCUGGAAGGGACGCGAGUCGGCUGCGGCGCCCCGGGGGCAGCUACCCCGCAGCGGCUACAGCCAAGGUGUACAGUCUGUUCCGGGAGCAGAACGUGCCCGUUCCGGGUUUGCCGCCCGCGGAGCGGACCCAACCUGGCUGGGGGAGCCCCAGCAGGCCCGCCGAGGCGGAGGCCAGGAGGCCGCCCCGCGCGCAGCAGCCGCGGCGAGUCCAGCCACCUGCGCAGACCUGGAGAAGCCGGCCCCUGCGCCAGCAGCAGUCCGCACCCGGGGCCCGGGCCCCCCCGGCUCUCCCGCGCCUCGGGACCGCGCAGCGGCCGCGGGCUGCUCGAGGGCGGCUAACGGGGAGGAAUGUCUGCGGGGGACAGUGCUGCCCAGGAUGGACAACAGCAAACAGUACCAACCACUGUAUCAAACCCGUGUGCCAGCCGCCCUGCCAGAACAGGGGCUCCUGCAGCCGGCCCCAGCUCUGUGUGUGCCGCUCCGGCUUCCGCGGAGCCCACUGUGAAGAGGUCAUUCCUGAGGAGGAAUUCGACCCCCAGAACUCCAGGCCGGCACCCCGACGCUCAGCCGAGGGGUCUCCCAACCUGCGCAGGAGCAGCGCGGCCAGAGAAAGCACCACAGCCAGAGCGCGGCCACCAGCAUCACAGCCGCUGCUGGCCAGGACCCUGAGUGGGCUCAGCCAGACACACGCCACCCAGCAGCACGUGGGGCUGUCCCAGGCUGUUCGACUUUAUCUAGCCACUGUGGCCAAUGGCCAGCUGACCUCCAAUGCCCUGCCCAUGGGGCCAGGCCCUGAACGGAAGGAUGGUGCCCAGCAGGCAGCAUAUCUGAACCACCCGUCAUCCUCCUGGGGGCUGAAUCUCACGGAGAAAAUCAAGAAGAUCAAGAUCGUCUUCACUCCCACCAUCUGCAAGCAGACCUGUGCCCAUGGGCGCUGUGCCAGCAGCUGCGAGCGUGGCGACACCACGACCCUGUACAGCCAGAGCGGCCACGGGCAUGACCCCAAGUCUGGCUUCCGAAUCUAUUUCUGCCAGAUCCCCUGCCUGAAUGGAGGCCGCUGCAUUGGUAGGGACGAAUGCUGGUGCCCCACCAACUCCACUGGGAAGUUCUGCCACCUGCCCACUCCCAAUCUGGACAGGGAGCCUCCAGAGAUGGGGGGCCGCCACAGGGCCUCGCCACAGGGCCCCUUGAAGCAGUCCACCUUCACGCUGCCUCUCUCCAACCAGCUGGCCUCUGUGAACCCCUCCUUGGUGAAGGUGCACAUCCACCACCCGCCUGAGGCCUCCGUGCAGGUCCACCAGGUGGCUCGGGUACGGGGCGAGGUCGAGGCCCCACAGGAGAACAGCGUGGAGACCAGACCCUCGCCCUGGCUCCCCGCCAGCCCCGGCCAUGGUCACUGGGACAGCAACCGCAUCCCGGCUCGGUCUGGAGAGGUUCCUCGGCCGCCACCCCCGGUGGUGCCCAGGUCUCCGGCACUGCUGGGCCGGUGCUACCUGAGUGCUGUGAAUGGACAGUGUGCCAACCCCCUGCUGGAGCUGACUGCCCAAGAGGACUGCUGUGGCAGUGUGGGAGCCUUCUGGGGAGUGACCUCCUGUGCCCCGUGUCCACCCAGACCAGCCUCCCCAGUGAUUGAAAAUGGCCAGCUGGAGUGUCCCCAGGGGUACAAGAGACUGAACCACACUCACUGUCAAGAUAUCAACGAGUGCCUGACCCUGGGCCUGUGCGAGGACGCGGAUUGCGUGAACACCAGGGGCAGCUACCUGUGCACCUGCAGACCCGGCCUCCUGCUGGAUCCGUCCAGAAGUCGCUGUGUGUCGGACAAGGCCGUCUCCAUGCAGCAGGGGCUGUGCUACCGGUUGCUGGGGCCCGGCACCUGCACCCUGCCUUUGGCCCAGCGGAUCACCAAGCAGAUAUGCUGCUGCAGCCGAGUGGGCAAAGCCUGGGGCAGCAAGUGUGAGAAGUGCCCCCUGCCUGGCGCAGAGGGCUUCAAGGAGAUCUGCCCUGCCGGCCACGGCUACACCUACUCAAGCUCAGACAUCCGUCUGUCCAUGAGGAAAGCCGAGGAGGAGGAACUGACCAGGCCCUCGAGGGAGCAGGUACAGAAGAGCAAUGGGACCCUGCCCAGGCCAGCAGAGAGGCAGCCACUCCGGGAGGCCACCGGCACCUGGCUGGAGGCCGAGACCAUCCCUGACAAAGGUGACUCUCAGGCUGGCCAGGUCACAACCAGUGUUACCCAGCUAUCUGCCUGGGUCCCAGGAGAUGCCACAGGAAGACCAACGCCGCCACUGCCUGGACAGGGGAUCCCGGAGGCCCGGGAAGAAGAGCAAGUGACUGCCCCCACCGAUGUGCUGGGGACCCCGGCCCCGACAGGCAUUGACAGAUGUGCUGCUGGAGCCACCAACAUCUGUGGCCCGGGAACCUGUGUGAACCUCCCUGAUGGAUACAGAUGCAUCUGCAGCCCCGGCUACCAGCUGCACCCCAGCCAGGCCUACUGCGCAGAUGACGAUGAGUGUCUGAGGGACCCCUGCAAGGGAAGGGGGCGCUGUGUCAACCACGUGGGCUCCUACUCCUGCUUCUGCUACCCUGGCUACAUGCUGGCCACCUCGGGGGCCACACAGGAAUGCCAAGACAUAGACGAGUGUGAGCAGCCCGAGGUGUGCAGCGGGGGGCGGUGCACCAACACGGAGGGUUCCUACCACUGCGAGUGUGACCAGGGCUACGUGAUGGUCAGGAAGGGCCAUUGCCAAGAUAUCGACGAAUGCCAUCACCCUGGCACCUGCCCUGAUGAGAGAUGCGUCAACUCCCCCGGCUCCUACACUUGCCUGCCCUGCGAGGAGGGCUACAGGGGCCAGAAUGGGAGCUGUGUAGAUGUGAAUGAGUGUCUGACCCCUGGGGUCUGCACCCAUGGAACGUGCAUCAACCUGGAGGGCUCCUUUAGAUGCUCUUGUGAGCCAGGCUUCGAGGUCACCUCAGAUGAGAAGGGCUGCCAAGAUGUUGACGAGUGUGCCAGCCGGGCCUCGUGCCCCGCGGGCCUCUGCCUCAACACGGAGGGCUCCUUCACCUGCUCGGCCUGCGAGAGUGGGUACUGGGUGAACGAGAACGGCACCGCCUGCGAAGAUGUGGAUGAGUGUGAAGACCCCCAGAGCAGCUGCCUGGGAGGCGAGUGCAAGAACACGGCCGGCUCCUACCAGUGCCUCUGCCCCCCGGGCUUCCAGCUGGCCAAUGGCACCGUGUGUGAGGACGUGGACGAGUGCGUGGGAGAGGAGCACUGCGCACCGCGCGGCGAGUGCCUCAACAGCCACGGGUCCUUUUUCUGUCUCUGUGCCCCCGGCUUUGCCAGCGCAGAGGGGGGCGCCAGCUGCCAAGAUGUGGACGAGUGUGCAGUCACUGACCGGUGUCUCGGGGGGCAAUGUGUCAACACUGAGGGCUCCUUCAACUGUCUGUGCAAGACUGGCUUCCAGCCCUCCGCAGAGAGCGGGGAGUGUGUGGACACCGAUGAGUGUGAGGACUUUGGAGACUCGGCGUGUGGGGCCUGGAGGUGUGAGAACAGCCCCGGCUCUUACCGCUGUGUCCCGGGCUGCCAGCCCGGCUUCCACGUGGCCCCGACUGGAGACUGCGCUGACAUAGACGAGUGUGCCAACGACACCGUGUGUGGGAGCCACGGCUUCUGCGACAACACCGACGGCUCCUUCCGCUGCCUCUGUGACCAGGGCUUCGAGACCUCGCCCUCCGGCUGGGACUGCGUUGACGUGAAUGAGUGCGAGCUCAUGCUGGCGGUGUGCGGGGCGGCACUCUGCGAGAACGUGGAGGGCUCCUUCCUGUGCCUCUGCGCCAGCGACCUGGAGGAGUACGAUGCUCAGGAGGGGCGCUGCCGACCGCGGGGGGCUGGAGAUCAGAGGAUCCCUGAGGCCCUGCCAGGGGAACACCCCCCAGGCCCCAUCCGCAUGGGAUGCUACUCUGGGCAAAAGGGCCAGCCGCCCUGCUCCAGCCUUCUGGGCCGGAACACCACGCAGGCCGAGUGCUGCUGCACCCAGGGCACCGGCUGGGGAGAUGCCUGUGAGCUGUGCCCAGCAGAGGACUCAGUCGAAUUCAGCGAGAUCUGCCCUAGUGGGAAAGGCUACAUCCCCGUGGAAGGAGCCUGGAUGUUUGGACAGACCACAUACACAGAUGCUGACGAGUGUGUGAUGUUUGGGCCUGGUCUCUGCCAGAACGGCAGGUGCCUCAACACGGUGCCUGGCUACAUCUGCCUGUGCGAUGCUGGCUACCACUACAAUGCUGCCCGCAGGCAGUGUGAGGAUCACGACGAGUGCCAGGACAUGGCCUGUGAGAACGGCGGGUGUAUGAACACGGAAGGCUCUUUCCACUGCUUCUGCAGCCCGCCACUCACCCUGGACCUCAGCCAGCAGCGCUGCGUGAACAGCACCAGCGGUGCGGAGGACCUGCCUGACCAUGACAUCCACACGGACAUCUGCUGGAAAAAAGUCACCAAUUACGUGUGCAGCCAUCCCCUGCACGGACGCCACACCACUUACACUGAGUGCUGCUGCCAGGACGGCGAGGCCUGGAGCCAGCAGUGUGCCCUGUGCCCCCCCAGGAGCUCUGAGGUCUACGCUCAGCUGUGCAAUGUGGCCCGCAUUGAAGCGGAGCGGGAGGCCGGGGUCCACUUCCGGCCCGGCUAUGAGUAUGGCCCUGGGCCCGAGGACCUGCACUACAGCCUCUAUGGCCCAGAUGGGGUCCCCUUCUACAACUACCUGGGCCCCGAGGACACCAUCCCUGAGCCGCUCUUCCCCAACAUGGCCAGCCGCCCGGGGGACCGCACACCGGCCCUUGAGCCUCCCCUGCAGCCCUCAGAACUCCAGCCCCACUACGUGGCCAGCCAUCCAGAGCACCAGGCCGGCUUUGAAGGGCUUCAGGCCGAGGAGUGCGGCAUCCUGAACGGCUGUGAGAAUGGCCGCUGCGUGCGCGUGCAGGAGGGCUACACCUGUGACUGCUUCGAGGGCUUCCAGCUGGACAUGGCCAACAUGGCCUGUGUGGAUGUGAAUGAAUGUGAUGACUUGAACGGGCCUGCAGCACUCUGUGUCCACGGUCACUGCGAGAACACGGAGGGCUCCUACCUCUGCCGCUGCCCCCCAGGUUAUGUUGCCGAGGCAGGCCCCCCACGCUGCACCGUCAAGGAGUAGCAGCGAGGGGUCAGUGCAGGCAGUUACCUGGAAAUGGGCCCGGGCCACAGGCGGGGCCUUGAGGAAGCUCUCCUAGUUGGGGAGACGACACGAAGACACCGGGCAGGAGGCCCUGCAGCCCGCUCCCAGCCAGCCUCAUCUGCUUUUCAUCUCCCCCAGCUUCGGCUCUGGCUGUGAGCUUCUGUCACCACCUCCACACCGCCAUGCCCUUGCUUGGCUCAAACACCACCAAAUGCUUUAACGCGUCAACCACUGGCCGUGAGGCCCAGUCUGCCACCUGUCCUGGCCUUGCUAUGGGAUGCUUACCAAAGGAGGGCCCUGAACCAGCCCCUCAAGCUGUGCAAACAUGCAAGGUCCUUCGGCCUCACACUGCACACACCCUUUUCCAGCCAUGAUCCACGUAUCAUCCUGAUGAUUCCACACCUGGAUCAGAGGCUAUCUCCGCCCUGGGAUGGUCCUUCAGAAUCUAUCAAGCAAAAAAGGAUUGGGGGGAGUUUGGGGAGUGACUCCAAUGCCUCCUCCCGAGAACCGUCACCACCACUCAGCAAAUCUGGUCUGGGCCAGUUGGGCCACAUCUCCACCUUGUUGCCAGCUCUGUGGCCCCAGGGAAGGGCAGAAGAUCCGCUCAUCUCAGAGAAGCCAAACUGACACUACAUUGCUAGUGAGAGACACGGAUGAAGGGGAGCAAGGAGGCAAUGGAACAAAAUACGGGGAGUUGAUAAAAAAAGGGGGAGCCAGGGCUUCAUACAAGUCUAAAGAAAAUAUUCAGUAGCUUCAGGUAAAUAAACAUGCAGAAUCUACCCAGCGAUAGCUCCUGUACCCCACAGCAAGGGCUGCCACAAAGCAGGGUGCCCACCUCAGAAGGCCUCUGUUAAAUACAUACUGCUUCUUACAGGAGACAAAUCUCUCCCGGGCUCUCCUUUUGUGGACACCAGGCUGAUGUGCUGAAAAUAAAGAGUCUAUUUUCUAGCUUAUGAAAUACAGUGUCAUCUUGCUUAGGGGAAGCGAGAUUUCCUACGUUGUUUCUUCUCUCUCCUCAGAGGCCUCUGACCUCUUCUCCUUCAUAAAAGGGCUGGCUGGCAUCCCACCGAGUUUACAAGUAGAGACUCACUCCAACCUUGGCUAGCUGGGAGUCUAAAACCACGGUGGAAUAAAGAAAUGUACACCUGGGCUCUCCUGUUUUUGUUUUUAUUUCAUAUUAAACCAAAUUUAUAAACCAAAGUUCUUGGCUGAGUCUAAAUGUUAGAGAUGAGGCUGUGCUACCCCCUCGCCAGCUCUGCCGAUAGUCUAGGAUUGGGUUCCACUAUCCAAUAGGAAAAGGUUCUUUCCUCUUCUAAGACAAAGAAAGCUCUGACUUUGCAUUUCUCUGAUGAACGGCAAGGUAAAUGAACAAGACUCUGUGUGCCUGAAGACAUGGAGAUGAAUGCUCUUUUCUUAAUUUAAUCUGUCCUGUCCUACCUGCCGCUCUGUCAGCCAUCACAAAAUAACUUAUUGAAUGCUUGCUAUGUGCCAGGCCUGUGCUGAAUGCUGUACACAAAUUUCAUUUAAUCAUCCAACAAUCCUACUUACUAUUUUUAUUCCCAAUUUACAGAUGAGGAACUUGGACUUACAAAGCUUAAACAAUUUGUUCUAGGUCACUAUACUAGUUGAGAUGUUCUCAGCAGACAAAAAUAUAUAGUUCUUAAACAUAUGAAAAUAUUCUGACCUUCAUUCAUAAUAAAAAGAAAUACAAGUUAAAACUACACUGAGACACUUUUUUAAACUGUCAGAUUGGCAAAGAUUUAAGUUUGUUAAAACUCCUAGUUGGCAAGCACCUGGGGAAAGAGGUACUCACGUACAUAGCUGACAGGAGUAUAUACUGACACAACUUCUGAAGACGAUAAUAUGGCAGUGCCUUUCAAAAUUAUAAAAGCACUUACUCUUUAAAUCAGUAAUUCCACUUCUCGGAAUUUAACCUUCAGAUACAGUCUUAUCAAAUGAAAAACGACAUAUGUAAGAGAUAAUUUAUUAUAGCAUUAUUUGUAAUAGCAAAAUGUUAGAAGCAAUUAAUUGCUAUGGAGCCCUAAUAAGAAAAAAAAAAAAAAGUGGCUCUAAAUGCCUGGGUAAGAUUUCCAAAAUACAUUAAGGGAAAGGAAGGUUAUACAACAAAGUGAAGCCUACGCUGCUAUUGCUAUUUGUCUAAAACAGGGGGAAAAGAAUUGGGUAUCUGCUAACCUCAUCCUUGCCGCUCCACCUCACUCGCCGUAUUUCAGAGAACUCACCAUUCCUCAAUAUACCCUUCGGGCACUGCACUUCCUUAAAUGCUGUUCUCACUGCGCCUCCUCCCAGCCCUCACCUUCCUGCUCGCCCUUCCCAAGAUAGUUCAUGCAUAUACACAUACGUCCUUGUAUUAGAAACACAAGUGGCAUACUGUGCAUGCUGUUCUGCACUUUUUUUACUUAAUACAUACUUGCACAUAAAGGGCUGUCUCAUUCUAUUUUACAACUGUAUACGUCUCCAUUGAACGGAUAAAUCAUAAUUUAUUUAAUCAGUCCCCUAUUAAUGGAGAUUUCCAUUGUUUCCUAUCUUUUGCUAUUAAAAAUAAUGCUGUAAUGAACAUUCUUGUGCAUAUGUUAUUUCACAUUAUAUCUACGGAAUUGUACCUGUGGGCUAAAUUCUUAGAAACAAGGGUAGUUGAUGGGGAGGGCAACAGAGUGGAUGGGCACAGGAUUGGGAGACUUUUCACUGUAUUCCCUUUUGUGUCUUUUUGAAUUUUGUACCAUAUGUCUUACCUAUUCAAAAAUAAAAUAUUUUUAAAUACA